AUGGGUAACUUUUCUAACUCAAGCCCAAGUUUUACUGAAUCAACUCUGACUUUGGUCAAACAGGGAUUAGACCUACCUUAUAUUCACAUAAGUUUAAUCCAACCAACGACACAAUUGGCGCUAAUUCCUCUUCGCACCUCUGUUUCUCUUCUGCCGAUCGAACGUCAAUUGGCCACCUCUUACUCAACCACGAUACCCAGCUCCUCAAGGUUGGAGGCGUUGGCUUAUCCUAAUAUCGUCUUCAAAACCCUAGGGUUCAAUUUUGGAUCCUCUGUCAUCCAAAAUGAGUUAUUGAGCAUUCUUGUUGAUUCACCUGGGCACAUUGGCUCUUCUACUGAUAUUAAUGUUGUCUUAUGUAUCGGAUAUGGUGUAUUAGCUACUGUUGAUUUCAAUAAAGAUGAUAGUGUCAUGGAAAAAAAAUUCUGUCUCCAAAACUGUGGAGAAAUAUUUCAUCUUUUUGUGGCUGUUAACAAAAGUGACAAGUAUUUCUCUAAAUAUCUGGUGCAUGGAGCAUACUUCACAUUUCAAAAGGUUACUGAAGAUUCUAAUGUCACCUUAUCCAAACAUCAGGACCCCCUGGGUGAUAUUAUGGUUCCCCGAGAAAGAGUGCAGGGGAAUUGGUGUAUGCUUGCUGGAAUCAAAAUACAGGAAAAAGGUCUUGAACAGGUUACAAUUACAGCUGGUUAUGAUGAUCUUGGUGGAAGUAAUGUCAUUACUGGUAAGAACAAGAAGAGUAUGGAGAGCUCUUGGAUCCUGGAGAAUUUGAAGAAGAAAGGGAUUGAUGAAGAGAUAGAUAAAGAAAUACUUGUUAUUGCUAAAAAGGGAAAAGAUGUUAGCAAAGAUUUGAUGUUAAAGUUGUUGCCAAAUAAGUUUCUUAGGGCAAAUGGAAGUGGAAGUGAAGUUACUUAUGGUGAGCUUUAUCGGCUGGAAGAGUUCCUGUUGUGCCCCCUUAUUGUUUUAGAUGAUUCAGGUGAUGGUUUUACUAAAGGACUUGAAGCUGAAUUAGCAAGUUUACAUAGCAAGGGCUUUAAUGCAUCAGUUACUUCUGGUGGAUAUGGCUGGUACAUCACCUUAGAUCCUAAUGAGAAUGGUUGGGAAGUUGUGAAAAAAGGUGGGAAUGCACAAGUCAUUGGUGAAGUCCCACAUAAAUUCAAGAAUGUUUUUGAGGUGGUGAGGAUACCAAGCGAGGGUCCCAGUUUUCAUUACCAAUACUUCUCCUCAGGUGUGAUGAGUAAUAAGAAUGGGAAGGUUGAUAAAGUUAUCAAGAUGAUCUUAGAGGAAUUGGAGCCAGUGAUUGUAGGGCAAGCCACCAAACAAGGGUUCGAACUUGAAGAGAUGGAAGGAGAACAACAGCAACAGGAGUCACUUAAGAAGAAGUCAGAGGAGAUUUUGGUCUAUUCUCUUAAGUUAUUGAUGUUACACGUGAAGUUUGAGUUGUUUCGGGUUUACCUUUCAUUUUGGCAACCGCGCUUGAAAAGGAAUGCAAGGACGACCCAUUCUUUCCUUCACCUUGAGGACAAGGUGAAAGUUUGGGCCGUUGGUAUUGAUAAGCCCCGACAUUUCUGUUAUCUUUUUGGCCAGGGGUAG